GCUUUAUUCUGGCAGUCAUGGAGGCUAUGAAUACGCUGAUUCUAACCGCGAUUUUCUUGAGUCUGCUCUUGAUGUGGUUACGAAGAGAUUCGACGCGCUAUGCCAGGAUGCCACCCGGUCCAACUCCGCUGCCUCUGAUCGGUAACCUGUUGCAAAUAACUGGCAAUGUUCCAUACAAACAUUUCUUAAAGCUGAGCGAGACUUACGGCCCCGUGAUGACGGUGCACUUGGGCGGACUGCGGGUCGUGGUUCUGGUCGGGUACGAGGCGGUGCAAGAAGCGCUGGUGCAGCACGCCGACUCGUUCGCCGGUAGACCGAAAUUGCCUCUGUUUGUAAGGAUAGCCAGUGGUUACGGUGUGAUAACUUCCAAUGGCGAUAACUGGAAACAUAUGCGCAGAUUUUCUCUCACCACACUGCGAAAUUUUGGAAUGGGAAAGCACAGCAUUGAACAAUACAUACAAGAAGAGGCUCAGCACCUUGUGGAAAAACUUUGUAAAACUAAAGGUUCCCCCUUUGAUCCCUCCAUGUCUCUGAGUCAGGCUGUGGCUAAUGUCAUCUGCUCCAUUGUAUUUGGAGAACGAUUUGAAUAUGAUGAUGAGAAUUUCGCUCACCUGCUGGCCCUCAUUACUAAUUCCCUCCUUAUUUUCAGCAGACCUUUGGCACAGAUGUACAACAUGUUUCCAAAACUCUUCAAUUUUUUGCCUGGACCUCACAAAGCUAUUUUUGGAGCAAAUGAUGAACUGAAACAGUUUACUAGUACAUUUGCUGAGAAACACAGGAAAGAUCUGAGUCCCGACAGUCCUCAGGAUUUCAUUGACACAUUCUUCAAGAAAAUGAAACAGGAAAGUGCCAAUCCUAAUACUGUAUUUCACUGUGAUAAUUUGGUGCAGUCAGUUUUGGAACUUUUUGUGGCUGGCACAGAGACUACCAGCACCACACUGCGAUUUGGAUUUCUGAUUCUGAUCAAAUAUCCACACAUCCAAGAGAAGGUCCAAAAAGAGAUCGAUGAGGUAAUUGGACAUCAGCGUUCUCCUACCAUGGCAGACAAAAAGAAGAUGCCUUAUACGAAUGCUGUGAUUCAUGAAAUACAAAGAUUGGCUGACUUGGUCCCAAUGAAUUUACCUCAUGCAACCACUGAAGACACUCACUUCAGAAACUACAUGAUUCCAGAGGGGACCAUUGUGCUGCCAUUACUGCACUCUGUGCUACAUGACAAGAAGCUGUUCAAAUCCCCUCAUUCCUUUGAUCCUGGACACUUUCUCGAUGAAACUGGGUGCUUUAAAAUGAAUCCAGCUUUCAUUCCAUUUUCAACAGGGAAACGAGUCUGCUUGGGCGAGAGCCUGGCACAGAUGGAACUCUUCCUGUUUUUCACCACUCUUCUUCAAAAUUUAUCUUUAAGCAGCACUGAGGAUCCUGCAAACCUUAGUCUUCUCCCAUGUGCAAGUUCAUUCCUAAAUAUACCCAUGCCUUAUACACUCCUGAUCAAUCCCCGUUAACAAAAGAUUUCACAUACACUUUAAGUGAAAGAGUAGUUUUCCCACAACAAUGUUCAAGAUCUUUUACAACAAUGUUAAGACAUAUUUAAAUUGUAUUUUGACAACAUAAAGUCCAUUAACUGAGAUCUGUUAGCUGGCUAUGGAGGAGAGGAAAGCACAAAUACCAGUCAGUAUUGACUAUAGAAAAUAAACCUGUGGGUGUCCACAGUCAUUCAUAGCAGACAAAGUAAUUUAUCUGUCUGUCCAACCUCCCCAUAUUAGCCAUUCUAAAAUAUAAAUUAUAAUUGCAUAUUAUAAAUAUAAAAUAGUAUAUGCUUAACAGUUCAAUGACAUUUAGAUUGAACCAUAGUGGGUAUUUAUUCUUUCAUGGUUUUAGACCACC